ACAUAUAAAUAUAAAAUUUCCCGGCGAUCAUCACACCCCAAACAAAAACAACUCAUUCUCUUCCAUUUCUUCUUCUUCUUCUUCUUCUUCUUCACAUAUGGUUGAUGAAUCAACAAAAUGACACCCCAAGAUCCAUCCAAUCCCAAGCCACCACUCCACAACUUCUCAUUACCUUACAAUUUGAAAUGGGGACAUCAAAGAACUCUCAAAUGCAUCAAACUCACCACUCCCAACCACCACCACCACCAAUCCACCACCGCCGCCGCCACCACCAAUGCUCUUCAUAAUGGCAAUACCCAUGAUCACCAAAUUCAUCAAAAGGUCUCUUCUUUUGUUGAAGAAAAUGUGAAUGUGAAUGUGAAUUUGAAUUUGAAUUUGAAUUCCAAUGCUAAUCCCAAUGGUACUAAUGGCAAUGGAACUAAUGAUGAAUCUUGUUCCAAGCCUUGGAAUUUGAGGACAAGAAGAGCAGCUUGUAAAGCGCCACUGAAGAUUGAGGAUAAAAGAAACGUUUUUUAUAGUAAUAAUAAUAAUGAUGGUGGUGUUAUUAAUUCUCCAAGGAGGAGAAGUUUGGAGAUUGAUUCUCCUAGGAGGAAUAGCUGUGUUGUUAAUGUUAAUGAGAAACUCAAAUUUUCUGUUUCUUUGUCUAAGAAUGAGAUUGAGCAGGAUUUUUUCCAGAUUGCUCGGAUUCGGCCUCCGAGGAGACCUAAGAAGAGGCCUCGAAUUGUUCAGAAGUAUUUGGAUUCAGUUUUCCCGGGAUUGUGGCUAUCGGAAAUUACUCCAGAUUCAUAUAAGGUUCCUGAUGUACCUGAGUCAUGAGAGGUGCUAAUCUCUAUUCUCAUUUAGUUGUUUUCUCAUGGCGGGUGUGUGAUUCAUUGUAUUUGUUUUCGUGCUUUUCUUCCCUCCUAUUUCAUUGGUUAUGUGGGUUUUUAGGAUUCGUAGAUAUGGCAUUGCAAAUUGGUUUUGCAGAAACUGAAAUAAUGGUGUAGUUGUUGUCUAAGGAAUUUCAUAAGUUCUGAUCCCUAACACCGGUGCAUGAGCCUCAAUAAUCGCAACAUUGCACCAUCUUUGUAAAUUACAAAUUUAGUGAAAUAAAGUGUGAGAUUCCUACUGUUUUCGCUA